AAGCCCGAACCCAGACACGAUUGGUCGUGGGAAUCCAUCUGCUUGACAUUAAAGGUCAAGUCACUCUGUCAAAAUAUGAACAGAUAGGGUGGGCAACUAACUCUCGGUGUUGGAAUGUCUGUGAAUGAAACUCAUUGGGUCCAAUCAAGAGAGACGUACAUUAUGACGCGUCGGGGGUAGGGCGGAGGCAGGAAUCCGGGUUGUGGUUACAUUGUGAAAUUGUUACACAUCGUGGAUUUGGUGUGGGGGAGUUCGCUGGUCUAAAUCUGAUCUAAGGUUGAUCUAAUAUUCAUCUGCAAUACAAGCAAAUCUGCAACUCGGCAAAAUAAAAUCAAUCGUGAUUUGUACCGGUAAUCAAUCAGUUAUCGAUAGCUGUUUGAAUGGGAAAAGGGAAUAACAAAUUAUAUCGAAUUUGCAAUUCUCCCUUUCAUCCUCAAAGGCCAGUUUGCAACAAGUCAAGCGGUGCAAAGCAAAAGUAAACUGGAAGCUUUGAAGUUGAGAUAAAUUUCAUUAUGAUCUGAUCGUUUAAAAACAAUUGUGCAACAGUUCCAUUCUACGUGUUAGCCGGGUUAUACAGAAAACAGCCCAGAAAAGAGUAGACUUCGUCCUUUAAAGCGUGAUUUAAAAUAAAACGAAAAGAGGGAUUUGCAAGAUUCUGACAACUCUGAGAGUGAUGUCUGCAAUAGCUUACAUCGAGUACCUUGCCGCCGAGUGCCUAGUUUCUAUUUCCAGCCGCCCUGUGGUGCACCAGUCUCCCGGGCAGGGCUUGGCCGAAGAGGAGACGAGGGGAAACCGGGAGGGUUGCGGUUCCCUCCUGAACAUAGCCACAGUCCUGGCCGACCUAAGCAAAUUCAAUUCGCAUUCACAGGUGGGAUCCAGUCACGAUCCCUGUGACCGAACGCAGCGCCAAGAGGCGGACUUCACGCCCGCAAUUCCGCUGCGUGGCGCACCGGGGAAAGUGAAAAGUCCCUCCAGCCAACGACACCAGUGCCCGUACACUGGUUGCGCCAAGAUCUACGGGAAGUCUUCUCACUUGAAGGCGCACCUGAGAACGCACACAGGAGAGAGACCCUUUCCUUGUACUUGGUCUGGGUGCUGUAAAAAGUUUUCCCGUUCUGAUGAGCUAACGAGACACUUCAGAACUCACACAGGUGAGAAGAAGUUCAAGUGCCCCUUGUGUGAGAAAUGUUUCAUGAGGAGUGACCAUUUGAGCAAGCAUGCCAAGCGGCACCCAAACUUCCAGUCCAGCAUGCUACAGAAGGCAGGGAGGACAGCGGUCUCCUCUCUGCCCUCAGGCCUCGAACCAGCCAGGUAGACGCACAACCACCCACAUAGAAACAAGCUGCUGAAGCCUCUCCAACGUCCAUCUGCCCACUUGCUCUCCUGCUACUGAUUUUUAAAGAAAUGGUUAUGACAUUUGCAUUCUGCAUCUUGCUGCUGUGGUGUUCAGAUUUCUGGAGCAAUUUCUCUUUGGGAUCUAUGCUUGCUAGCAAAAAAAAAUUGGCUGGCAAAUUAAUACUUCUUCGAGACAUGGAACAGCAUUUCUCUGUAAUUGAUUUCCACAACUUUAGUAUCUUCUGAGUGAAGUUUUAAAUGGUCUUCCACGUGCACUGUUCUACUCUGGUACUAUUAGCUGGUGUGAAGAUUUACUGUACACACUUACUGGGACAGCAUGUCACCUGAGCUGAGAGACACUUUCAGCAUGCUUUCUUCGAGCUAAAGAAAACCACUAUUAAUUCUUCUGUUUCCCCAUCAACCAUGGCAGAACUAUCUUAAAAGAGGGAAAUAGGCAAAUCACAGGCAGAAUACUGCAGUAGGUCUCAGGCCAGUGACUUUGCAAUUCAUCUGUCUAACUGGGAGCAGAUUGUGGUUGAAGGGGAAGAAAAUAACUUAAAUUUCUGCAGCAUUGGAAACCAUCGUUGAUCUAAUUGUCCCCUUUAAACUAUUCCAGAUACACGCUAAUGUUUGUGAAUUUAGGAAAGAGGAGAAAAAAUGACCUUAAAAUUCUGCAAUGCAUUGGAAAACUUUUUUUGGAAAGUUACCAGAAAAAUCUACCUCUGUUUUAGUUUCCACAGUAUGCCUUGUCAAUCAUUGUACCAUAUGGUACCUAUCUCUGAGUGUGAAUAUAUAGGGAACAAUCUGUACCCUGUUGCCUGAGCUAGCUUUUAUAUUAUAUUUUGUUUUCUUGUCAUCAACAUGCAAUUUGUACUUGUUGACUGAAACUGAGUCAAAUUUCAAAACAAAAUUCAGCUUUUGAAAAUGAGGACUUCUUAGUAAUGGAUAAGUAAGUAUCCAUUGAGUAAGGAGACAAAAGUGAGAGAACUAAGAAAACUGAAGGAUGGAUGACAGCUUUAACAUGACAGUCAUAUAAUGAAACUGCACUGUGCUUCAGCGCUGGUACAUCUGUAUCAAUACUGUAAAAAAAAGAUGAGUAGAGAUCUAUUUCAGUCCAGCUUUUUAGCUGAAAGUCUUUUCAAAUCAUUUUAAGGGCACACCUUUCUGAAUCAUAUGCUCUAAAUUUUGCAGGCUAUCUGACAUCCUGUGUAGGAUGAGUAGAAAUUUCAUCAACUGAGUAAAGGCAAGACCAAACCUACUUUCAUUAUUCUUUGUGAUAGCUCUGUUCCCUAACUACUAAUGACUUUGUCAUCCUGGGAAGUGUCCUAAACCUGAACCAGGUGGUGAAUGAUCUUGGGGCAUUGUUUGACACCAUGGUGUACUUCUGAGCACAUGUAGAAAUAAUGAAUAAUCUGCAUCAUCACUAAGAUUAAUGCUUUAACAUUGUCUGUUCCCACCCCUGGUUCCUCCUAUCAUUGAAACUCUCAUCCAUUUAUUUGUGUCCACUACACUAUAUCAGAUGUGAGGUCGCAUACUCCAAAGUCCUCAGUUCUGUAAACUUGCUCAAAAAAAAUCUGCUUCCUUUGUCCAAAUAUGCACUAAGGCCAUUUACAAUCCACACCACCCCCAAAUAUGUUAUGGUUUUUGCUUUGGCAACCUCUGGAAUCAGCACUGACCUUGCAACCUCCUGGGAUCCCUUGCAUAUCCUAAGAAUUAAUCCCCUCACAUUUGACAACCGUACUUUCAGCUGCCUAGGCUAAACCUGUUUCUGUCCUCCUUUUAAGGUACGUACUCACUUUGGAAAGGCAAUCAAAAAUCUUAUGGUACUCUAGGACAUAUUACUAUUAAAGGUACCCUAUUAAUGAUUAUUUUGCUUUACUGAAAAUUGAUAUCUAAAAUGUAUAAAUCAAAAUACCUUUUUUUUUAAAGCAGGCAACAGUUGUUGUUCUGUAGAACAUUUAAUCGCUUGCCAUAUAAUGCAUCAUACUGCAAAUCCGAAUACAGCUCCAACUUGGAACUGAGUUGUAGUAACCCUUUGCAAGUCAACUGCUGCUGUCUACUUCAUCUCCACAGAAAGUUUGUGCAUAUGAAGGUGACUUGCAUUUAUGUAAUGUCAUUCAUACCUGAUGGUAUUUUAUUACCAAAGAUGUAUUUUUUCCCCAAAGAGUAGUGACUGUAGGAUCAAUGCCAAGCUCAAUCACCUCAUUGGGGGCAAGUCAAAACUAAGUUUUGGUAUUAGUUUAAAAGUGAGCAAUGGGUACCAAUUCAUAGCUACCUUAAUAAAAGAUUUGAUAUAUUUCAUCAUCCUACAAUUUCAAUUAUAGCAAUGCUAGAGAUGGGAGCUGUUAAGUUCUAAAUGCUCAGUUGGAGUUGAGAAGGUUAAUGGUUUAUUCAAUAGAAGUUUCCAAAACAAAAAAAGAUUGAGUAAACAAGAAAAAUCUAUUCCUUUGUGUGAGGGUCAGUAAUCCAAGGCCAGAGAUUUAAUAUGUUAAGCAAAAAGUUAAGAUUGGAAUUCUGACCACAAGAUCUGGAGCACCCUGUCCAAAUGGCACUAGAUGCAGAUUCAGUGGUAACAGACAAAAAGCAAGAAUAGAGAAAUAGUUGAAAAUAAAUAUUAAUGAGGAAAGGUCGAGUAAACUAGAGUAUUUCUUUUUGGAUUGAGAAAAGAUCAGAGGUGACUUGAUAGAGUUGUAUAAGAUGAUAAAGAGGCUUAGGUAGAGGGGACAGCCAGCAACAUUUUCCUAGGCCAAUAUGAGCAGGCAUAAUUUUAAGGUGAUUGGAGGUAAGUACAGCAGGGAUGAUCCAAGGUACUUCAUUUUUUUUACAGAGUGGUAAGUGUGUGGAAUGUACUGCCAGGGGUCAUGGUAGAGGCUGAUAAUUCAGGGCAUUCAAAAGACUUAAGCACAGGGAUGGGAAAAAAAAUGAAGGGCUAUGUGGGAGGGAAUGGUUAGAUUGAUCUUAGAGUAGGUUAUAGGGUCAGCACAACAUCGUGGGAUGAAGGGUCUGUAUUGUCCUGUAAUGUUUAUGUUCUAUGUGGAAUCUGUUGUGUUAACAGGAGUGGAACUAAUUGGAGAAUUCUUUCACAGAGUUCACAUGCACUAAGCCACCUGUUCUACUCAUUUAUCUUUAAUCCAAUUUAAAAGAAAAUUUUGAUUGUUUUUAUUUAUUAAAUUCAUUUUUUCAUGCUUUGGCUGACAGACAUGACCAGGAUGCAUUCUCCCGCUCUAAUUGAACUAAGUAGCUGUGAGGUCAUUUCUGAGUCAAAUACCUUGGUGGGUCUAGCAUCAAAUAAAAACUAGACCCUGUAAAGGUGGCAAAUACCCUUCCCUGAAGGACAAUGUGAACCAGAUGGAUUUUAACAACCCAGUCACUUUGUAACCUUUAUUAGGGGAGAACCAGUGGAUGUGGUAUAUUUGGAUUUUCAAAAGGCUUUUGACAAGGUCCCACACAGGAGAUUAGUGUGCAAACUUAAAGCACACGGUAUUGGGGGUAAGGUAUUGGUGUGGGUGGAGAAUUGGUUAGCAGACAGGAAGCAAAGAGUGGGAAUAAACGGGACCUUUUCAGAAUGGCAGGCGGUGACUAGUGGGGUACCGCAAGGCUCAGUGCUGGGACCCCAGUUGUUUACAAUAUAUAUUAAUGACUUGGAUGAGGGAAUUAAAUGCAGCAUCUCCAAGUUUGCGGAUGACACGAAGCUGGGUGGCAGUGUUAGCAGUGAGGAGGAUGCUAAGAGGAUGCAGGCUGACUUGGAUAGGUUGGGUGAGUGGGCAAACUCAUGGCAGAUGCAAUUUAAUGUGGAUAAAUGUGAAGUUAUCCACUUUGGUGGCAAAAAUAGGAAAACAGAUUAUUAUCUGAAUGGUGGCCGAUUAGGAAAAGGGGAGGUGCAACGAGACCUGGGUGUCAUUAUACACCAGUCAUUGAAAGUGGGCAUGCAGGUACAGCAGGCGGUGAAAAAGGCGAACGGUAUGCUGGCAUUUAUAGCGAGAGGAUUCGAGUACAGGAGCAGGGAGGUACUACUGCAGUCGUACAAGGCCUUGGUGAGACCACACCUGGAGUAUUGUGUGCAGUUUUGGUCCCCUAAUCUGAGGAAAGACAUCUUUGCCAUAGAGGGAGUACAAAGAAGGUUCACCAGAUUGAUUCCUGGGAUGGCAGGUCUUUCAUAUGAAGAAAGACUGGAUGAACUGGGCUUGUACUCGUUGGAAUUUAGAAGAUUGAGGGGGGAUCUGAUUGAAACGUAUAAGAUCCUAAAGGGAUUGGACAGGCUAGAUGCGGGAAGAUUGUUCCCGAUGUUGGGGAGGUCUGGAACGAGGGGUCACAGUUUGAGGAUAGAGGGGAAGCCUUUUAGGACCGAGGUUAGGAAAAACUUCUUCACACAGAGAGUGGUGAAUCUGUGGAAUUCUCUGCCACAGCAAACUGUUGAGGCCAGUUCAUUAGCUAUGUUUAAAAGGAAGUUAGAUAUGGCCCUUGUGGCUACAGGGGUCGGGGGGUAUGGAGGGAAGGCUGGGUUCUGAGUUGGAUGAUCAGCCAUGAUCAUAAUAAAUGGCGGUGCAGGCUCGAAGGGCCGAAUGGCCUACUCCUGCACCUAUUUUCUAUGUUUCUAUGUUUCUAUUAAUGACUUUUUAAAUUAAAAUGCCAUAUUAUUAAACUAAAUUUAAAUUCCAGAGCAGCUGUGGUGGGAAUGGAAUUAUAAUCUAGAUAAAGUUAAAACAUCAUUUUGCAUGAUUGCUGGUUUUGCCACACCUCCUGCUAUCAACAUUCUGUGGCUACAUACUUGGAAAUAAUUUAGGUUGCAAAUAUGGUGCAAGCUAAAUGUGACUUAAAUAAUAUGCUUAUAUAUUCUUGCAGGCACAUAUUUAAAUUAAAAGCAAUGUUAUUAAAUUAGAGUUGGUCUAAGGCAUAGCUCUACAGCAGGUAGGAGUUAGGGUUGAAGUCUUAAUGUGGUCUAAUCGGAAAUUGUCUGUAGAAUAAACUGCUGGAGGAACUCAGUGGGCUGAAUAGUAUCUGUGGUUGAGGGGGGUGGGGUCUGUGAGAAACGAUGACACUUUUGGUCAACAUCCUGU